AUGGCGUACGUCCUCAACGAUGAUGAUGCCGCCGCAGGGGCUGCACCAGCAGCAGCCUAUCCCCAAUCUCCUUCGUCCAACGCCCAGCGGCCGCAAUCUCCGUCCGCCGCCGACACCCCGCCGCCGUCGCGCGGCUUAAGUUACGAUGACAGCUCCCCAUCAUCGCCGCCCUCGCUCUCCCAGAGACAGAGCACCAAUGAGCGCAUCGACGAGAUCCUAGUGGCAGCACGAGGCCGCGCACAAGCAAUGGGCGGCGGCAGACUCUCGACGACCCGCUCCGCCCCCACCAGCCCCCCGCGCCGCUACUCCCGCGCCGACGGGUCCCACGAUGAGACCGUCGCCAUCAUCUCCCGCGGCCCGAACCGCAAUUACCAGAGCAUGAACGCCACGCCGCCGGCCCCGCCCGGCAACCCUGAACCGCCGGCCGGCAUGCGGUCCCGCAAGUCGGCCGCCCGGCCGACCCGGACCCGGCUGCCGGCUCAGACCGAGGUCGAGGAGGAGGACUACGACGACCUGGUCGCGCGCGAGCGCGCCGCGCAGGACAGGGAGCCGUGGUACACGGUCUUCCUCUCGAGUUUCCAGAGCAUCGAGCUGGAGAACAAGGGUAGCGUGGCCCGCGACCACCUCGCGCUCGAACGGACCUUCCUCGCGUGGCUCCGCACCUCGCUGGCCUUCGCCUCCAUCGGCAUCGCCGUCACGCAGCUCUUCCGCCUCAACUCGUCCCUCUCCGGCCCCGGCCCCGCAGACCCCAACGCCCACACCCUCCGCCAGCUGGGCAAGCCCCUCGGCGCCACCUUCCUGGCCGUCAGCAUCCUCAUCCUCUUCCUCGGGUACCAGCGCUACGCCCGCGCCCAGCGCUGGGUCAUGAAGGGCAAGUUCCCGGCGAGCCGGGGCACCGUCAUCCUCGUCUCCCUCCUCGCCUUCGCCCUCAUGGCUGUGAGCCUCGUUGUUGUUGUCGUCGUGAGCCCCACAGGCAGGGAGCGUUGA